AUGGGCCGUGUCGACGUCGACGUCGGCGAGGCUGCGACGAUACCCUCGGGGGCAGCCCACCUUCAGCGCAAGCUCGGUGGCAAGGAAGUCCAGCUCUUUGCACUUGGAGGUGCCAUCGGAACCAGUGUCUUCCUGACCAUGGGAACCUACCUCCCUCACGGCGGCCCGGCCGGUCUCUUCCUUGCCUAUUCUCUCUGGUGCAUAAACGUCUGGGGUGUCAACGAAUCCUUUGCCGAGAUGACUUGCUACGCUCCUAUCCCAAGUCCUUUCAUCACAUUCACCGCCAAAUGGGUCGACGAGGCUCUCGCAUUUUCGCAAUCCUGGGCUUUCUUCCUCUGUCAAGCGUUACUCGUCCCCGCCGAGAUCACCGCUCUCCACGUUCUCCUCACGUUUUGGACAGACAAGAUCCCCGUUGAGGCUGUCGUGAUCGUCACCCUCGUUCUUUACGCGGGUUUGAACCUCAUUGACACCAGAUGGUUUGGCAUAGCUGAGUUCUACAUGAGCUUGGGCAAGCUUUUCUUGAUCUUCAUGUGCUUUGCUUUCACCUUCUUCACGAUGGUUGGAUGCAAUCCAAUCGGCGAUGCAUAUGGAUUCAGAUACUGGAAUAAUCCCGGUGCUUUCGCCGAAUACCUGACCACUGGAAGUCUCGGAUCCUUCUGGGGAGUAAUCAGCUGCAUGACGUUUGCAAGUUUCGCUGUCUGCGGACCCGAGUAUGUCGCCUCCGUCGCAGGAGAGACCCGAUCGCCACGUCGAGUCCUGCCGAGCUGUUUCAGCAGUUUCAAAUGGCGUCUUGGUUUCUUCUUUGCUGGCUCCGCGCUCGCCAUCGGUAUCGUCAUCCCUUACAACGACGAGUCGCUCGCCGCUUUCAUUGCCGGCACCGUCCCUGGCCACGGCACUAGCGCAGCCGUGCCGUAUACGAUUGCCAUGCGACGAAUGAACAUUAACGGGCUGCCUCACCUCGUAAACGCCAUCAUGAUGACGUCCGUGUUCAGCUGUGGUAACGGCGUCCUCUUCGCCGCAUCACGCGCUCUGUUCGUCAUGGGCCAGUCCGGCCGUGCCCCCGCCUUCCUCGGCAAGACCACGAAGCGUGGUAUUCCCGUUUACGCCGUUGGCACGUGCCUGCUCAUCGGAUUGUUGGCCAUGAUGGGCGCCAGCGACAGCGCCGUCACCGUCCUGGACUACUUCAUCGACCUGUGCACCAUCUGUGGUCAGUUCAACUACUUCUGCACCUGUGUCACCUUCAUCCACUUCUACUACAACCUGAAGCAACAGGGCAUCUCCCGCGACAGUCUCCCUUAUAAGGGCAAAUUCCAGCCCUAUGUUGCGUACAUUGGCGCUACGUGCGCGGUGGCCUUGAUGUUGCUGCUCGGUUUCGACGUCAUCAGCCCCUUCUACAUCAAGUGGUUCUUCCUGGACUACACCCUGCUGGCCGUCUUCCCUAUUGCCGCCGUGAUCUGGAAGUUCGUCAAGAAGACCAAGUAUGUGCGCAUCGGCACAGCGGAUCUCGGCCUCAACGGCAUGGUCCAGGAGGUCAAUGACUACGAGGACUUGGUGGUACCCGAGCCUCAAGGCUUCGUUGAGAGGGCGUUCAGUGGAAUGUGGUCCUGGAAGGGCCUUGCUAACACCAUUUUACGAAAGAAGCAUACAAACUAA